ACAUUUAUAUUUAUUCAAAUAAUAGUUGAAUAGAAAGCACACACAAGCAAAAUGUCUGAUUUGGACCCGGGACCAGGACCCUCGUCGCCCCGUCGACCCAGGCCGCCACCACGUCCCAUCGGCUCGCCACGCGGACGAGGUGAGAGCUCGGCAGAGACCCGAACUGAGGGUGUCCAAAGUAAUCGAUCGCCAAGGCAUACGACGUGGCGCGAUGGCAACAUAAUUCCAUCUGUGUCUACAGAAAUGGAAGGCUUACGUCAGUCCCGCUCCAACAGGGUGGUUAGAUUCUUACCGCCCUUGGGCAAUGAAGCAGUAAGCGAUACUGAUCCCGAUCCAGAUCGUCUGCGCAUUUCAGGCAGAGAGGGGCAGCAGAAAGCAACACGCAUUCUCUACACCACCGAUGAGGAAGUGCGGGAUGCACUCAUGGAAUUCGGCGUCUUUAUCAUAUUUCUAAUUCUAACCUCGCUCGUCACACUCUCGGUGCGUCACUCGUAUAUGUUUUACUUUAACGACACAAUGAAGAAACAAUUUGCGGUACGCGAAAUGGUUGUAAUGCCAUCGGUGACGAUAUCAUUUGAGAAACUGAUAACUGUACAGGACUUCUGGAACUAUUUGCUGCAUAACUUUCUGGUGACACUGCAUGGCGACAUGUCCAUAGUAAAUACCGAUGGGUCCCAUAUCGAUGAUGGUGAUUCAGUGGAUUACUAUGAAGAACCACCGCCCGAGCCAGGCGAAGAAGGACCACCGGAAGAAGAAGGACAAAUACCGGCCACGGAAAAACCGGAUGUAGAAGAAGAUGCGAACGAAGAUGACGACGAGGAUGAAGAUGAAGUCUUAGAUGACAAAAAACGAAAGCGACAGAAACGAAGGCGACAGAAACGCGACAACAAAGUGUACAAUCGAGAGCAUAUGGCCAAAGGACACACCCAAUACGAUUACGCAAACAUGACGCACUUGGAGGGACGAGUGUUUCUCCAUGAGAAUCUAAUGCUGGGUCCGCCUCGUCUACGCCAGAUCCGUGUACGCAAGGAUAGCUGCUAUGUGAAUGAUGCCUUCAUCCGUUAUUUCAAUUCGUGCUAUGCCGCCUAUUCCUCCGGAGCGGAACAGAUUGGCGGCGAGCAUGGCGGUGCACCAUAUCGAACAAUGAGCGAACUGGACUCGACACCAUUGUGGACAACACUGGGUUUCUAUAGGAGCGGUGGCUACACCAUCAAUCUGACCUACAACAAACGAAAGAAUCUGCAAAUGAUUCAGGAUCUGAGGAAUAAACAUUGGUUGGAUCGCGGCUCACGGCUCUGUUUGAUCGAGUUUAAUCUGUACAACCAGAACACGGAUAUCUUUCAGAGCGCCAAAUUCAUUGCGGAAAUACCACCAACUGGUGGCGUUAUACCACAGAGCCAACUGCAGACGGUUAAACAGUUCACGUUUUUAACGGAUACAAGUCUAACGAUGUCCGUUAUCUAUAUAUUCUGGUAUAUUAUGGUUGUCUACUAUAACAUAUUCGAGAUCAAGGCAAUACGUAAAUCGGGCUUUAGGAAUUACUUUCGAUCGCUAAUAAAUGUGCUCGAUUCGAUUAUUUUAGUUUUUUGUUAUCUGGCUCUAAUCUACAACGUGUGGCAUACGAUCAACGUGGACAACAUGGUCAGUAAGGCCAAGUUUGAGGAAUCCUAUCAAAGUUUGGAUCAAUUGUGCUUCUGGAAUACCAUCUAUGUGGAUAUGAUGGCAAUCUUAGCAUUUCUCGUUUGGAUCAAGAUCUUUAAGUUCAUCAGCUUCAACAAGACACUCGUACAAUUUACAACGACGCUGAAACGCUGUUCCAAGGAUUUGGCCGGUUUUAGUCUGAUGUUUGGCAUUGUAUUUUUGGCCUAUGCCCAGCUGGGUCUGUUGCUCUUUGGCACUAAGCAUCCCGAUUUUCGUAAUUUUGUCACUUCAAUUUUGACCAUGAUACGCAUGAUACUCGGCGACUUUCAAUACAAUCUUAUCGAGGAGGCCAAUCGGGUGCUGGGACCCAUUUACUUUCUAACCUACAUUCUGUUGGUCUUCUUCAUUUUGCUGAACAUGUUCUUGGCCAUUAUAAUGGAAACGUACAAUUCGGUGAAGAGUGAAAUUACUCAGGGUCGCAGUCAACUGGGCUCCUAUAUCUACAAGAAGCUAACAUCGUGCAUCUAUUUUAUCACCCAUUGUGGACGCAAGCGGCAUGCCCCACCCAUUCACCAGCGGCCCAACGUCGACAAUCAGGAUUAUGAGACGGAUGAUGCGGGCAAGAAAAGCUUUCAAGCGCCCAAAGUUCAGCUGCGUCGCAAUAUGACCGAGGCCGAGGCACAAUACUUUGAAGAUGUGCCCGAUGAUGUCAGAAACAAGGAUAUGUUUCGGCUUAACAAUCGCGUCUCGCUGCUGGAGGAAAUUUUGGAACAGCUAGUUAGCAACAUGGAUGGCAUUUUGAAGCGUGUUGAAAGAGAAGUCAAGAAAAACCAGUAAAGAACCAAAUACAAUAUAAUCUAUACCCCAAAACAAAGUAGCCACUAAAAAUGCACGCGCUAAUCUUUGCCAAAUCUGUGUACGGUUACCGCUUCCUUCCACCCUUCAACCCCGCCAAUGUUUACCUUGCGCACAAAGGCAUAGCGGAAAGGGGAUGGGGAGGGGGGGUGGAGAAUGGGCAACAAAGCGUUGCCAACGAAUUAAACUUUAUAUUUUGUACAACAUAGCAUGAGGAGACCAAUGCCAAAAGGACAGAAGGAUAAAAGGAGCACAUCAUUAAGUAUCUAUGUGUGUGUGUGUGUGGCACGCUAGAGGACAACACUGUUAGCCGCCGUGUUGCGGUUGUGGCACGUGUGUGGCAAAGGCAAAAACAGCUGUGUUGAAAGCAACAAAAAUUACAACAACAACAAGACUGAGGCUGAGGAAAGUUAUGAAACAAGUUUAGUGUUUACAAAUUGCAUUUAAACAACGUGUAAAUGUAAAAGAAAUUGUGCUGCGAGUUAGAUACAAACAUACUGAAAAGAUAUGCAACUUAUUAAAAAUGUUAUUAAAAUAUUCAGGUGUGAAAGUUGUAAAACCAAUUUAUACACAGUUCGUAGUUAUGGCUGUGAAAUGUUUUAAGCCAUGCUAUUUUAUUUAAAACUUUCAAAU